AUGUCGGCCAUCAAAUCUCUCAACCCCAAAGCUGAAGUUGCUCGCGCUUCUCAAGCGCUUGCCGUCAACAUUAGCGCCGCCAAAGGCUUACAAGAUGUUCUCAGAACUAAUCUGGGUCCUAAAGGGACCAUGAAAAUGUUAGUAUCUGGUUCUGGAGAUAUCAAGCUAACCAAGGAUGGCAAUGUUCUGCUGCAUGAGAUGCAAAUUCAGCAUCCCACAGCCUCUCUGAUCGCUCGAGUGGCCACCGCCCAGGAUGAUGUCACUGGGGAUGGAACCACUUCCAAUGUGCUGAUUAUCGGAGAGUUGCUGAAGCAAGCUGACCUCUACAUCGCUGAGGGCCUGCAUCCUCGUAUCAUCACUGAAGGAUUUGAACUGGCUCGCAAUAAGUCAUUGGAAGUGCUGGACCAGGUGAAGAUCAAGAGAGAGAUUGACCGUGACACCCUGGUGCUGGUGGCUAGGACGUCUCUGAGAACCAAAGUUCAUCAGGAGCUGGCAGAUCUGCUUACAGAGCAUGCUGUUGAUGCUGUCUUGGCAAUCAAGAUGCCAAAUGGAUCCAUCGACCUGCAUAUGGUAGAGACUGUUGAGAUGAAACAUAAAACUGAUAUGGAUUCUAUACUGGUUCGUGGAAUGGUGCUGGAUCACGGUGCCAGACAUCCAGACAUGAAGAAAAACAUGGAAAAUGUUUACAUUCUGACCUGCAAUGUCUCUCUUGAAUAUGAGAAAACUGAAGUCAAUUCUGGAUUCUUCUACAAGAGUGCUGCUGAGAGGGAGAAACUUGUGGCUGCUGAGAGGGAGUUUAUCAAUGACAGAGUCAAGCGUAUUAUAGACCUAAAGAAGAAACUUUGUGAUGGGACAGAUAAGAACUUCCUUGUUAUCAAUCAAAAGGGAAUAGAUCCAAUGUCUCUGGAUAUGUUCGCUAAAGAAGGCAUUGUUGCUCUUAGGCGGGCCAAGCGCAGAAAUAUGGAGCGAAUUGUGCUGGCUUGUGGCGGUAUGGCAGUGAACUCAGUGGAUGAUCUGGUGCCAGAGUACUUGGGCUGGGCCGGCCAUGUUUAUGAGCAGGUUUUGGGUGAAGACAAGUUCACAUUUGUUGAGGAUUGUAAAGAACCCCAUUCAGUGACCAUCGUCAUCAAGGGACCCAAUAACCACACCAUCAACCAGAUCAAGGAUGCCAUUAGGGAUGGACUCAGGGCGGUGAAGAAUGCCAUUGAUGACAAUUGUGUUUUACCUGGAGCUGGUGCAUUUGAGAUUGCCGCCUACCAGGAGCUAAUGAAGUUCAAGGACACCGUGAAAGGCAGAGCAAGAUUAGGAGUUCAAGCAUUUGCAGAAGCCUUGUUAAUAAUCGUGAAAGUGCUGGCCCAGAACUCCGGUCUGGAUCCCCAGGAGGCCAUUGUAAAGCUGCAGCAGGAGUACGUCAGUCCGGACCAAGCUGUUGGCCUGGAUAUCAAGACUGGUGAGGCAAUUCUCCCCAUUAAUGAAGGAAUCCUGGACAAUUUUAAUGUAAAGCGACAGCUGCUUCAUUCAUGCACAGUCAUAGCCACCAACCUUCUCCUUGUGGAUGAGAUCAUGAGAGCUGGAAUGUCCUCGUUAAAGGGAGACUCUUGA